AUGUUCCAUUUACCAUGCAUUUAUUUCAUGAGAAUGAUUCUUGAUUACAGACCUGGCCUGGUUGAUGUUGCAAAUAACAAUGGUGACACUACCCUUCAUCUGACCACAAGAUUUAAAUCUGAAGUUGAACAGGUGCACAUUUUGAUUGAUAUGUUGCAAGUGUUGCAUGGCAAAGGUGCGCAUCAUGACUAUGUGAAUAAUGAGGGUAAGACACCCAUUGAUGAAGCUGAAACCCAAGUGGCAAAACGCUUUCUUUCUGACACGAGCAGAAUAAAAUUACAGUGCAUUGCUGCCAUUGCAGUCAAGAGAUUUGGACUCCCU